AUGAGUUGUGUGGAGAAGGACCUUGGUGCCCUGGUGGACAACAGGUUGGCCUGGAGUCAAGGGGAUGGAGUGCUGCUUGUUUCCUUUGUUACCUCUUCUUUCUUCUCUGCAGCUCCUGCUCAGGCCCAAAUUAUCCAUGCUGGGCAGGCAUGUGUGGUGAAGGAGGACAACAUCAGUGAACGUGUUUACACAAUUCGGGAAGGGGACACGCUGGUCCUGCAGUGUCUGGUCACAGGACACCCCCGGCCACAGGUGAGAUGGACCAAAACAGCUGGCAGCGCGUCGGACAAAUUCCAAGAGACGUCAGUGCUUAACGAGACCCUUCGGAUUGAGAAGAUCCAAAGGCUGCAGGGGGGCCGCUAUUACUGUAAAGCAGAAAAUGGGGUUGGGGUCCCUGCCAUCAAGUCCAUUCGAGUAGAUGUGCAGUAUCUAGAUGAACCCGUCCUCACUGUUCACCAGACCAUCAGUGAUGUACGUGGCAGCUUCUACCAGGAGAAGACUGUCUUCCUCCGUUGCACCGUCAACUCCAACCCACCAGCUCGCUUCAUAUGGAAACGGGGAGCUGAGACGCUUUCUCACAGUCAGGACAAUGGCGUGGACAUCUACGAACCCCUCUACACACAGGGUGAAACCAAAGUCCUGAAGCUGAAGAACCUGCGGCCCCAGGAUUAUGCCAGCUAUACGUGCCAGGUGUCUGUCCGCAAUGUCUGCAGCAUCCCUGACAAAUCGAUCACCUUCCAGCUCACAAACACCACAGCCCCACCUGCUCUGAAACUGUCAGUCAAUGAAACAUUGGUGGUCAACCCUGGUGACAACAUCACUAUGCAGUGCUCUCUGACAGGCGGUGACCCACAGCCAGAGGUGCUUUGGUCUCAUUCUCCCGGCCUGCUGCCUCCCAACAGCUUUGUGCAAGGAGGCAACCUCACCAUCUGGAGGAUCCGCGUGGAGGACUCAGGAUACUACAACUGCACAGCCAUAAACAACGUGGGGAACCCAGCAAAGAAGACGGUGAACCUACUGGUGCGGUCCAUGAAGAAUGCCACGUUCCAAAUCACCCCUGAUGUGAUCAAAGAGAGUGAGACCAUCCAGUUAGGGCAGGACUUGAAACUCUCAUGCCACGUGGAUGCUGUGCCCCAGGAGAAGGUUAUCUACUCCUGGUACAAGAAUGGGAAACCAGCCAGGUUCUCAGACCGGUUACUCAUCACCAGGAAUGACCCUGAGCUCCCGCCUGUGACCUGCAGCUUGGAGAUUAUUGACCUGAGAUUUAGUGACUACGGCACCUACCUGUGUGUGGCCACCUUCCAGGGAGCACCCAUUCCUGACCUAAGCGUGGAGGUGAACAUCUCCUCAGAGACAGUGCCACCAACCAUCAGUGUCCCCAAGGGUCAGUCUACCAUCACCGUCCGGGAGGGCUCCAGGGCUGAGCUGCAGUGUGAGGUUCGAGGGAAGCCUAAGCCACCCAUCAUCUGGUCCCGAGUAGAUAAGGAAAUCCCCAUGCCUUCAGGGACAAUGACGGUGGAGACAUAUGAUGGGAAGCUGCGCCUGGAGAGCGUCAGCCGAGAAAUGAGCGGGACCUAUAAGUGCCAGACAGCCAGGUACAAUGGCUUUAACAUCAGACCACGGGAAGCCCUGGUGCAGCUCAACGUGCAGUGUGAGUAUAACAUAUAAGCGGAAUAUUGGUCUGAACGCCUGUGUGAAUGCAAGCCUGUGGGCGAAGCAUCUCUGUCAUACCGAGUGCUGCUUUCGGGCAGGGCUGGCCAUUCUUACUGGGCUGAGAUGACAUGUCUCUUUUAUCUGAAGACCUUUGAACAGUUUGUAUUUAAUUGGCCUGGCUGCAAAAACAAGGGUAGAAUACUAUAUGGGCAGCGUGUUGCAAGUGAAAGAGAAGGGUGUUGUCUGUGUUUGUAUACAAUAUUUUUCCAUUCCCCUAUCGGUUGACUAUUGCAAAACAGCUGCUUUGCAAAAUGUGCAUUCAGGGCAUAUUAAAAAGGUUGUGAAGUCAGAAUUGUUCAGAAGAUAGCAAAUGAA